AUGGAGCAAUGGCUUACCAAUUUGCAAGCAGUUGUCGAUGCGUUAUCCGAAGAUAUAGCCGCACCAAUUGCUGAUAUAAUAGCAGUACAAGAAGAAGAAGAAGAAGAAAACUUACUGAUUAGGAAAUACAUAUAUUUAGAUGACACUGCUAUAGAAGAAAUACGCCAAAAUAUUACUGAGGUAAAAACGGACGUAGCUCAUAUACAGCAGGAACUGCAAGAUCUUAAUGAAAGAGUUGCACUUAUAGCUGUGCCGAUAGUAGAAGAAAAGCCAGUGGCACCAUCGAUACAAGAAAUUGAAUCUAUUGUUGAAGAAAUUAAAGAAAAAAUCGAAGUUACUGGUGUUACAAACUUGGAGCAAUGCUUGGAAGCUGUGAAAAAUGUAGAAGCAACUCACGGCGAAGCCUUGAAUGAUGUUGCCCAACGCGUGAUUGUAUUGGAAUCAGAAUUAAGACAUUUGUUAGAAAAAAUACACAGUAUGCAAGAAACUGACAAGAUAGAUAGCGUUCAGAUUAAGAAUCUUAUUAUGAAAGUGCAAGAAAUGGAAACGGAUACGGAGAAAAUCGGAGAAACAAUGAACAAAUUACUUGAAGAUAAAGAAAACAAAGAAGCGCAUAUUAAAACAUUACUGGAACAAAUUGAAGUUCUAAAAACCGUUAAAGCAAAUAAAGAGGAUCUCGAAGAUGCUUUGGCUGACAAAGCGGAUACUCAAGCUGUGAACAGAAAAGUAUCGCACGAUCAAUUUGAUGCUGCUUGCGAUGGUCUUGCUCGUGGUCUCGAGGAAGCAAUCGACAAAUUGACAAAGCAAGAAUCGAUUUGGCAACAAGCGCUCGAUGAAGUGCAGAAUGAAAUCGCGACCAAGGUGGAUAAAGGCGAGUUAACGCCAUUGAAGGAUUUUGUGGAUGAAAAAUUAAAGUUGCUUCAAGAAAAAUUGAAGAUUAUGGUUGAAGCAAGACGAGAAAUAGAGGCAGCAGGAACGAAGAAGCUGCUUAAAGAUGUUCAAUGUAUAUCGUGCGACAAGGAUGUUGCAAUGAGAACAGAAGAGGUCGGUAAAUUUCGAACCGAGCCAUUUCCUUGCACUAUCAGCAUGAAACCUUAUCUCACAUAUGAGUUGGAUCAAGUUAGAAAACAACAGAAAAAAUUGCCUUACAGCAGAAAUCUGAUCCAAUUUGAGGCAGCAAUGCAAGAAGAGCCAAAGAAAAUGAAAGCGAAGGAGGAGAUUCUCGCGAAGAGUCCCAGAGAUCAUCUCUGUAAUCGAUACUGCGGUGGGAGCCACACAGUCACGACUCCUCAGCAAAGAGUCAUGCGGACGGGUCAUUUUCUUACUCAAUGGGGACCCGAGACGAUACAAUUGACGGAUGGUUUGAUAAAAGGAAAAGACGGUCAAAUAUAUCGCGGUCGACUCUUACCGAGUAAAUUGGAAAUUUGCGGUCCAAGUUGUUGGGAAGGUCAAUUUAUCGAGGAAACUGAACAUUCGGAAUGUUCGACGUCCCGUAAACCUGUACUAUCCCGACAAAAUAGCGCUGGAAAUCGUGUGUAAAUAAUACACAUCACGUUUAGAGAGUUUACAGAGACAGAAGCGGACCAAGUGACAUCUUCACAGGAAAAUGACCGCCACUUAUUCCAACUGAAUCUGAAGAUGAGACUAUCAUAUACGAAACUAAGAAGAUAAAGAAAUAGAAUAAAUAAAA